ACUCUUGGUUUGCAUUAAUGGCUUUGCUUCUCAGAAAUAACGUUGCAUGUACACAAUUCUUUAGAUUACAAAAUAAUUUCCUCAUUACUUGACCUCUACUGUCAAUAGAAAUUAUACUGUCACAUAAGUACUUAAAGUGCGUUUGCUAAAAUUGGAGAAAAAUGGUAAGAUUUCAUUAAUUUGGCCUAAUUUCAGAUUCGUAGUAGCCUACUACACUACUACUUGCCUACUUACUUAUAUUAUACUUAAAUUUAAACUAGGUAGGUACUUUGUUAAGAAAAUUCAAACUUUGUGUAUAAAUAAACCAAUGGCAUAGUUGAAUAGAGCUAAUUUUAACAGAAUUUUAAAACCAAAAUCAUAUUUUUAGCUAUUGUAGUUUUAAAGUUAUGAAUUUUUAAAAUACGACUUGGUUUGUCAUUUUUUAACAUAGACUGCACCUCCACGUCACGAGCUAUAUAACUCUCGGUUUAAUGAUAAUUUUAUGCGACUUUUAUUUUCAGAACUAAUUCUGUAUUAACAAAUAAUUUUAAUAAUGUUGUUAUACAAAUAUAUAUAAAUUAUAGUUUAUCUAACUAUGCACUAUGUAGAACAAUAAAUUUAAAAUAAUAUAUGGCUUUUCUGUUUACCAAAUCAACAGCGUCCAUUAUUAGCCACUUCACUAAGCUGCGCGUGCCGGUCGAUUUUUCGGAUGCGAGAAACAGACCAUUAACCGGCGACCGGUCAAUGCCAGUAGGUCACAGGGUCAUGUUUAGAUUUCGUUUCUUUGUCUAUGUAAGGGAGAGACAAUGAACUUCCUAUAGUCUAUUUUGUGCCCACGAGGAGGACGAUCAUUACAAAAUAAACUUUUUCACCGGACUGACAGGGCUUGUGGCAGAUAUCUUUCGUUGGGAAAACAGGUAAUUUUGCUAGCGCUAUAUUUCGGAAACCAUUAUCGUAUUGCAAUUAAUUCCUUUUGUAUUGAAUGUAAAAGUGAUUUAACUAAUUGAAGCAAGAAACAUAUUGACAUUUAGAUAGGCCGUAAAUUGUAUAAACAGGGCGUUCGGGCGUAAAUUUGAGCAAUAGCUCCUGACCAGUUAUCGAUAAGGCCAAAUGCACCGGAAGUGAUAACCAUUCUCUGUUAUUAUUAUUCUUAUUGCAUAAGAAGUAUUUACAAAUCUUUAUAAAUCUAUUGUUUUUAAAAGCAAUCCAGUUCAUUUUUAUUAUUAAACUCGUUUUUAUUUCAUGAAUGAAAACAAAUUUAUAAAUAUUUAUGAAAUUUCAUUUUGUAAAAUAAUAAAAUUUACAUCCGUGAUAACCAUGUCAAAACUAUAUGAUAUAUCAACUUGAAUUAUUUAAAUAUAUGUUGUAAUUGUAAUAAUUAUCAAACUUCACAACAGUGAAUUAUAUAAUUGGAAAUUAAAUAAUGCCCUUACUGAUAUAAUUUAUCUUAAACCCAGAUUAGAUACGGUAAACAAUGAAUAGUUGUUGUAGUAAUAGGCUCAGCAGCUACUAAACUAAAUACUAAAUGUCAUCACCUAUUUCGAUUAAAUUUCAUUAUUUUAUUUACCUUUGUAUUCUAAAUAACCUAUCUCUCUUUUUUUUCCUUUUGUAUACCCUAUUUUUUUUUAAAAUGUAUAUUCCUUUCUUGCCUCUAAACUCUACCGCUUUAGCUCAAAGCUAUUAUAUUUGACUUUUCAGACUUAGCCCAAUCUUUACUUUGUAUAUGAAAAAUGUUGUUAAAAUUUCUUAAAUUCCUCAGCAUUUUCUUUCUUUUAAAUACACAGCCUUUUUCAGCCAUUGCAGCCAAUUGAUAGACGAGCUGUCUUAAGGACCCAUCAAGACUACCAGACUUUUUUACAUAAGUAAAUUUAUAUCUGUUAAAGCUCCUUAAUGACUUAAUGGAUAUGAAAUACAAACUACUUGACUUAAUCUGAAUAAAAGUAAUGUUAGAACAUCACAGUAUAAUAUCUAUACAUACUGGAUAUACAGCAUAAGUAAAAUAACCAUUGUCUUAAUUAAUGAAUAAUUUAAUUACAAUAUUAUUAAACUACUGAAUUACACAAUCUUAAAUUAAAGACAUAUAUAAAUUAUAUAAAUAAGGUACCUUAUGUUAAAUUGCUUAUUUUGUGUUUAAUUAAAUCGAUUUUCAAUCUCUAUUUCAGUUUGUCUGGACUACUAGACCACAUUGAAUUACAAGGAGUUUGUGUUGCGAUGAAGCGGAAAUAAUGCCUCUUCUGCUUAGAGGUAUUGACUUCCCAGCUGUGCCAAGUGUUGCUUCAGCAAAACAUCUCUAGAUACGUCUUUGGAAUAUUGGCUUCUAAUACCAAAAUGUGUCUGCACGUACAAUUUCACUUAAAUUGUUGUACCAGUCUUUCCUGUUUUAACAAAAACCUAUCAGUUGUGACUGCAUGUCCAACUGGACAAUCCACCAGAGCAUUAUCUUAACAGCUAUUGAUAUUUUUCACCAACUACCGCAUUUAUAUGGCAAUUUAUACACUCAGGACUCCUAUUUAUCAUCAUGAUGGGUGGAAGCAACAAUAUUGACAAAUUUCACUUAAAUUGUUGUACCAGUCUUUCCUGUUUUAACAAAAACCUAUCAGUUGUGACUGCAUGUCCAACUGGACAAUCCACCAGAGCAUUAUCUUAACAGCUAUUGAUAUUUUUCACCAACUACCGCAUUUAUAUGGCAAUUUAUACACUCAGGACUCCUAUUUAUCAUCAUGAUGGGUGGAAGCAACAAUAUUGACAAAAAGUAAACCAUUGCGGAAAACCAUUCAUUACCAAUGGUAUCUACACUCGGGACUCCAUUCAUCUGUGUCAUAAACUGAAUCAUUACCAAUAACUGUUACAAAUUGGACUCUGCCAACACAUAACUUGUGACCAUCAUCUUUCUAUGAAAGAAAAUAUAUCUCUUUUAUUCAGCCUUUCAAUGAACUAUAGACAAUAGAAGUACUAAAAUAAUAUUAAGUAUUAAGUGAUCAUCAUUUGUACUGUGGAUUUCAAAUAGCAUGGCUACUUGGAUAUCAAUUUCAUGGAUUGGAUCAUGGAUGAUUGGAUUUUGAUAUAUGUUUUUUCAAUGGUAUUUAUCCAUUAUAAUACAUUAUUUUAUAAAUCUUUUCUGAGGAAUUAUUCGCAGAAUUAAUAUUAAUUUACUAGAUGAUUGUGUGCAUUAACACAAUAGGUGGAAUUGGUAACAUUUAUGCAAUUUGUAUUUUUAAUGCACAAACAGGCUAAAUUUUAGAAUUAAAUCUACUCACUCUCUGUUGCUCAAAUGCCACUGAUUUAAUUCAUUUAUUGAUAUAUUAAUAUUUAAUGGCUUAUUAUAAAAGCCCAAUGCCUAAUGAAACUAUGCUGAAAAUUUGAAGGCUUUAACUUUGCAGGUAAAAUAGUUAAGGCAUUUUGAGUAUUGAGAACGGGCGCUCCAUCUGUAAUGAAAUUUACUUACCUGCUGUAAAUCCCGCGCAUUAAUACAUUUGUCAAAAUAUUAAUAUGAAAAUGCCUAAUUAUACAAGCCCAAUACCUACUUAAGUUAUUCUGACAAUUUGAAGGCUUUAACUUUACAGGGAAAAUAGUUAUGGCAUUUUGAGUAUUGAAAACGGGCGCUACAUUUUUAAUGAAAUUUACUUACCCUCUGUUGUUCAAAUCCAGGGCGUUAAUACAUUAGUCUAAAUAUUAAUAAGAAAGUGGCUUAUUAUAAAAGCCCAAUACCUACUUAAAUUAUGCUGAAAAUAUGAAGACUUAAAACUUUACAGAUAAAAAAGUUAUGGCAUUUUGAGUAUUGAGAACAGGCGCUAUGCUUUUAAUGAAAUUUACAUAACCUCUGUUCGUCAAAUCCAGGGCAUUAAUACAUGAGUCAAAAUAUUAAUAUGGAAAUGGCUUGUUAUAAAAGCCCAAUACCUAAUAAAACUGUCCUGAAAAUAUGAAGACUUUAACUUUACAGAUAAAAAAGUUAUGGCAUUUUGAGUAUUGGGAGCAGGCGCUACGUUUUUAAUGAAAUUUACGUACCCUCUGUUAGUCAAAUCGCACACAUUAAUAUGUUUAUUGUAUUAUUUGCAUAACAAUGAUUUAUUAUUAAAGCCAAAAACUUAAUUAAAAUGCGUUGCACGUUUCAAAGCUUUAACUUUGCUGAAUAAAAAGUUAUCGCAUUUUGAGUGUCAAAGAUGUCUUUUUUCGGUCACAAAAUUUUGGAAAAUAUUUACUAAGGCUAUAUAAGGAAAAAUUCUGACACUAAAAAUGCGAUAAAUUUUGUUCUACUUAAGAUAGAAAGAUAAAAUAUGUAUCAAUGGAAAGGAAAUACUGAGUCCUUUCUAAUGAUAUAAGUUUCAUUAAUAUAUAACAACUUUGAAAAUUUUAGUGUAGUACCUACCAUUAUACCAGUAUAUGCUAUAUAGUCUAUAUAAUGCAUCGCACCACCUAAAAUAUUGUAUGGGAUUUACUUAUUUUGAACUUUCAACUUUGGCACAUGACUUAUUAACUAAAGCUUUCCCUGACCAAUGGUGUUAAUAGUUUUUGCACACGGCAAACUCUUAUGAAUGAAACUUGAGGUAGUACUACGGCAUAGCAUUAUGCAAAUGGCUGUGAAUGGUUUCCCAUGACUUUUUGCACACAGUCAAUUCUGAUAAUUAAUAAUAUGGACUCUACCGGGUUUUUAAAGCUCAAAUUUAAACAUUCUAGUUUAAAUGUCAUCAAAAUGCAUUUUGAAACACAAGUUAUCAAAUAUUUUGAGGUAUUUAGAGGUAAUAAUGAAUAUUUCCUUAGCUAAGUAUUGGCAUUUUCCGCCAUUUAAAAGGGGCCGGGAUCACCAAUCCAAUAUGGCCUGUGCAACCUUUGCAUAAUGAGGUCAACGUUGAGGAGAAUAGUGAAAAAUGUUUCAUAAGCUAUCCCAUUGAAAUUUUGCACACGUGUACUUCAACAAAUUAUGCAGGCCUACUUUAACUUUGAAUAUUUAGACAGAAUUUUUUAAUGCGAAGAUGCCUUAAAGUUGAGAUAAAGAACAAAUUAACUCAAUGGGAAUGUAGUUCAACAUUUCUCCUAACGUUAAUGGGUGGAGUCAAACCUUAAGUAUGGGCCAAAAGUACUCCUAAUUUAUGCAAAUUACAUGCACAUGAAAAAAUUAAAAACUCAAAUUCUAUUGCGCCGAUGCCCAUUUCCGAUACAAACUUUCUAGGAGUGUCCCUUGCUUCGGCGGAGUAUCUACUUAAACUUUUCAGUUUUUUGUUUUACUUAGUCUGUUAAAGUUAAAUAGUUUAGUCUAUUUUAGUGACACUAGUCUAAGUUUAGGCUCUUAAGUUUGGUACUUUUGGUUAGCAGAUGGUUUUUGCCAAUUGUUGUCUGACCCUAAGCGCAGUGACAUCAACUUGGGCGGGGAAUCCCAGCACUGGACAGAAUGAAUAACCAAUUACAAUUAUUGGACCUGAGCUGUAUGUUCCAGUUCUUUACUGAGCAUUGCUUGCAUCUUAUACUAAAACUGAAGAUCGAUACAGUUAACAAUAUGAAAUAUAUUAAAAUGAAUUUUCCAAUUCAUUUUCAUUAAAGUUCAAUUUUCAAGGUUUAAAAGGGUACUUGUACGCUUGACAUACCCCCCUGUUACACAGUGUUUUUGCUAUACUUUUUUUUCGCACUUCCGCAAACUUUGUUGCCAUGACACCAGACAUGGCAAUGAACAAGGCAGCAGUGAGAAGAAAAAAGUAGUGCAAAAACAUGCUUAUUACAAAUCAACACCAUUUAGACAUUUUGGUUGGGGAAAACCUUGAAAUCUAAAAUUCACAACUCUACCUUACCUGAAUUCUAAUUCAGUAUCCCUAACUCAAGUGUAAAUUCACCCAUAAAUUUAGUCCCCCCAACUCAAGCAUAAAUUCAUCCCUAUAUUAGCCCCCUCCUUUUACAUCCCUAAAUUUAGUACCCCCUAACUUCAGCAUAAAUUUUCACACCUAAAAUCUAUGACCUAACUUGAACCCUAAAUCAUGUACACUACUGAGAAAAUCAUAAAUUUGAUUUAAAUAUUCAAAGUAAGCAAAACCCUUAUAGUUGAAUCAAAUACACAUUACACGCUUUAUAAAUCGCAAAGAUUCCAGAAAAGUAAAAAUCCAUUUUUACAAAAUUAUCAGUCAUAAUGCAGUCAAUUAAAGGGCCUCGUUUUAAAAUAUUGUAAUUAACUACCCAAAGAAAUAUUCAUUAAAAAAGUUAUACAUCAAAAGUAUUAAUAUAAAAAAAUUUAAUAGUUAAUUCUAGUAACAAUGCGCAACUGGGGAGGUCACUCAUCAGAAUCUUGGGAGCUAAAAUUCAAGCAUACAUUGUCCCUAGAAAUUAAAAAAGAAGCAUAUCCUUGCUGAUUCCCGAAAAUAAACACAAGCGAGGAAAACAACAACAGGCGAGUCCUGAAAGUGUUGUAUUUUAAUUGGUUGAAAAUCAAAGUACCCCUAUGCUAUUCAUUUCUAUCAUAUCACAGUUUCACGGGACACAUAGUGAAAUGUCAGAAGAAACACUAAUUUUUAGCCCUCUCCCCACUUUCAAUACAAAAAAAAAGAAACAAAAUAAUCCUCUGGGGAGGGUAGACCCUGCCCAGAUCCCCUCCGCCACUUUGAAAAAAAAAAAAAAAAAGAAAACAAAAAACUUGCUUCAAGUAAACACAAAACUAAAAAUCAAAAUCCUUAAAUAAUUUUUAACCCUCCCCCCACUUUCAAUACAAAAAAAAAGAAACAAAAUAAACCCCUGGGGAGGGUAGACCCUGCCCAGAUCCCCUCCGCCACUUUGAAAAAAAAAAAAAAAAUGAAAACAAAAAACUUGCUUCAAGUAAACACAAAGCUAAAAAUCGAAAUCCUUAAAUCUUUUGACUGUGAAGCUAUAGAUGGAAGUUUAUUUGGUGUCAAAAUCCAUGUGAAAGCAAGUAGGGCUAAUCAAUAAACGAUUCAUUUAUUUCUAAUAAAAUUCAAUUGUUACAAUUGUUCAAUUCAAUACAAGCAUAUUCCAAUACCCGUAUUGGAAUAUGCUUGUAAUUUUGUAAAUUCUGCUGACAAUGUAUUUUUAGUAUUCCUUGUAAGGAGGGAUAACUAGUAGAUAAUGAAAUACGCUAAACUACAAUCACUAGUUAAGGACCUUUAAUUUACGACAUACAAAACAUAAGAUUAACCAAAUAUACUUCAUUGAUGCAUUUAAAAAACUGAUAUUUCUUUAGAAGAUUUCAUUUCUGAGAACUGUUUAACUUAGGCCUACACAAAAAUAUUAAUUUACCUUGCAGCUACCACUAUCACUUUUGCGUACAGCUGUGAAUCAUCCGAUGGUAAGUCUCUUACUCUAAUAAAUGUUUAGCAAAUUACUUCUUCUGCUACAUAAUAACCUACUUUAUAAUUUAUAAAAACUCUAAAAAGAAAUUUGUUUCCUUAAUUUCCAAAAUAAUAGAAAUUUUUUGUUAAGAAAUAAUAUUGCUCUAGGCCUAGUUAUUAUUAUUUAUUGAUUUACAACGCCAAGAUAUAUUUUAACAAUAAAAAAGUAGGAUUUGUUGUUGAAGCUUUACUAAGGCUCAGGCAAAGAAGACAUUAUGAACUCAAUAAUUAAAAAAAAAAUAGAAAAAAUCCAUUACGCUCUGGGCCUUUAUCCAAGUGAAAAAUCUUUCUUAAAAUUAAUUUGUUUUCUUAUAUACAAGUAUAGGUCUGGAAUUUUUCAAGAAAACGAGAUACUUUAAAUCAUUUCUAUAAUUUAAUAAUGGUUUCUAUUUUAAUAUAUUUAAUUGAUAUUUUAAUUCAGUUAGUUGAGUUAAAGAAUGGUGAGACCUACAAUGGUCACCUGGUUAGCUGUGACAACUGGAUGAAUAUCAAUCUAAGGGAAGUCAUCUGUACAUCAAGGGUAAAUAUUUAUAAAAAAAUUUUUAAUUUCUUCAUUCAAAAUUUUUUUUUCAAAGAUCCAGCAGAUAAUCAAGAUAUAAAUUUACAGAGCCUCCUUUUUAUUUGUUAGAAAUAAAAAUUAUUAAACUAUAAAGCCAUUUCCAUUUUUAUCACAUUUAAUAAUAAUCUUUUGAAGAUAUCAGAGUCUUCAAUCAAAAUAAUUACCAGUAUCGCGGAAAGUGAUUAAAAGCUAAUAUCAACAAUGAGCUACAUUUAUUACAUUCUAUUAUCAGAAUGUGUAACUUAUUUUGAUGUGAUAUUUUUAUAUUUCAAUGUUUUAUUUACCAGGAUGGUGACAGGUUUUGGAGGAUGCCAGAAUGUUAUAUCCGGGGAAGUACUAUAAAAUAUUUACGUAUUCCAGAUGAAGUCAUUGAUAUGGUUAAAGAAGAGGUAGUUCAAAAGUCAAAGGGCAGAGGUGACUUUAAAGGAGGCCGUGGUGCCGGUCAGAGAGGUCGUGGUAGAGGUAUGUUUCUUUGGGUUUCUUUGGUAUGGGCAUUGAACAGUCACUCAUGACUUGUGUCUUGAAAGCUUGAAAUGAACUAUAUAAAAUUACAACUAUCAAGUUAACUUAAAUAAUAAUAAAGUAUUUAUUUAUUUGCGUUCAUUGAGCUCUACCCCUUUAUUUAACGCAAUAAUAAUUAAAACCUUUUCAGCAAUAUAAACAACUAAAUAUCAAAAUAGUUAAGAAGUAUAAACAUAGACAUCUUUUAGCUUCAAAAUCACAUAAUUUGCUUCUUUUUGUGUGCUUACAGGAGUUUUUCAGCCUGGAGGUCGUGGGGGUAGGGGAGGUGGAGGAGGAGGCAGAGGUGGAGGUGCUGGAGGUGGCAACAAGCCAGGGAAAGGAAGGGGUAACUAAAUGUUGGAUACCUUUCACUUCCUCUUUUUUUUCUUUUCAUUUUUGGAUAACAAAAGAUUGGUACAACUGUAAUGAAUAUGUGGCAAUGACAUAUGUAUUUGUGUGAAAUGUGUAAAAAGACAAUGCUAGCAAAAUAAUUGUAUCUAUUUCUUGUGCCUGUCAUUCAUAAAACAUGUUAUGGCAAACAUGUGUGUUGCAAUGUCCAUCAUAUUAGACAGUUAGCAUUGAUUACAAUUCAAAUUAUUCUUAUUUCUAAUUCUUUAUUAGGCAAAAAAUAAUAUUUCAUUCAAUUUGUUAUUUUUAAAAAAAUCAAAGAUCUGUUUUUUUUUUGUAACAAAUAUUUGAUAUAUGGCCUACAUAUAAAUGAAUUUUUGUUCAUUGUGUGGUAAACACUUUUUUUUUUUUUACAAGUGUUAAAAUGUCAAUUUAUUUAUUUACCAAUAGAAAUUGAAAUACGUAAUUGUCUUGACCUUCUUGAGGCCUCUGCUAUUCAGCAUUGAAAUACACCACAUUGUAUAUCAUACGUCAUCGGAAACUUCACCUGUGGCUUCAAAACACAAAGUGCAAGCCAUCAAGCUGCUCUCUAUAAUAUGGGCAAUAAUAAUAAAGGUGAUGCCUUGAAAUAUAAAACUUGUGCAGAACACUGAACACAGCGGGAUAUGUUAUCUUGCUCUGUAAUUUUCUUACUUACACUUUAAAGGAAGACAAUCUUAAAUAUUGUCCCGAAUCAUGCUUGCUGUUUGCAGUUGUUGGUUGGAAUGUUUUUGUAUUAUAAGAUAAGCACACAGAAAUGAGACAAUAGGCAAUAACUUCUUAAAAAUGAUGUAAAAUAUAAUAUUCUGACUUUGUUAUUUGUAUGUUAGCAUUGAUGGAAGUUUGUUAGAAUGUUAGUGGCUACCAUUUAAAUUUGCCCAUUUGUUACCAUGAUGAGAAGGAAGUUAAACUUUAAUAAUUAAUAUUUUAAACUGAAUUUUUUGUACAUGCUUGUUAAAUAAAAAUGAAUUCACCUG